AUGAGGCGGCCGCGCAUCGGCAGGGUGCUGCUGGACUGCUUCUCCUUGUCCCUGUGCACGAGCACCUGCGUCUGCGUCCGCGCGCUGGAGGACGACGACGAGGAGGCCGUCCAGAGGGCGGCGCUGGUGACGGCGAGCGACCACCACCAGCAGCGGCACCGGCAGCUGCGGCUCAAGGACAUCGUCGAUGGGGCAGGGACGCUCGGCUUCCAUCUGCAACCCAAGACGGUGGAGCUGAGGGUGUCCAUGCACUGCAACGGCUGCGCCAGGAAGGUCCACAAGCACAUCUCCAAGAUGGAAGGCGUGACAUGGUUCGAGGUGGAUCUAGAGAGCAAGAAGGUGGUGGUGAAGGGGGACGUGACGCCGUUGGAGGUGCUGCAGAGCGUCUCCAAGGUCAUGUUCGCGCAGCUGUGGAUGGCCGGCCCCGGCCCCCAUUGUAGCUAG